GAGUCUAGACCGACUAGUCCUUGGCUUUCCUACACAACUAGAAAUUCAAAUACUACAUGAAUCAAGGUCGUCAUCUAUUUAUAUCGUUCUCACGACUUUACAUAGUCAUAUAAGCGGCCUCCAUCUGAAAAAUCACCGAUUUUGGAACCCUAAAUCAACAAAUUUAGCUUUAUCUACAAUGCCUGGCCUUACCUGCAACGCUUGCAACAAAGAAUUCGACGAUGAUUUGGAUCAGAAGUUUCAUUACAAAUCUGAAUGGCACCGUUACAACCUCAAACGAAAGAUUGCUGGGGUUCCAGGGGUAACAGAAGCACUAUUUAUGGCAAGGCUGUCUGCAAUUGCUGAAGAAAAGAAAAAGUUAACUGAGACCCCCAUGCUUUACAGUUGUGGACUUUGUGGCAAGGGUUAUAGAAGCUCUAAGGCUCAUGCUCAGCACCUCAAGUCUAAGAGUCACAUCAUGCGAGUUCCCCAGGGGAAUAAUGUUCAAAAUGAAGACAAUGCCAUAAUUAGACCACUGACACGCCGUGUCCCAGCACGACCUCCUCCUGUAAAAGAUGUACGACUGGAGGAGAGUGAUGAAAGUGAGUGGGAAGAGGUUGAUUCUGAAGACGACAUGGUUGAUGAGGCUACUAAUUCACGGACAACUAUGAAUAUGAAUGGGGAUUCCGCUGUUGCGGCUGAUACUGAUAGUGAGGAAGAAGAUGAGUUUGAAGAGCUGGACCCAGCUUGUUGCUUUAUGUGUGACUUGGAUAACAAAUCCGUAGAAAGUUGUAUGGUUCAUAUGCACAAAAAACAUGGAUUCUUCGUUCCUGAUAUCGAGUAUUUGAAAGAUCCUAAGGGUUUCCUUACAUAUCUUGGGAUUAAGGUGAAAAGGGAUUUCCUAUGCUUGUACUGCAAUGAGAGAUGUCAACCAUUUAGCAGCUUGGAGGCAGUUAGGAAGCACAUGGAAGCAAAAAGUCACUGCAAAGUCCGUUAUGGCGAUGGAGGUGAUGAGGAGGAGGUGGAAUUAGAAGAAUUUUAUGACUAUAGCAGCAGCUUCAUGGAUGUGGAUGGGAAACAGCUCAUUGCAGUCGAUGAUGAAGCUGAUUCUAUUGAACUUGGAAGUGCUGGGGCUGAGCUUGUCAUCAAAAGCAAGACUGACAGUGGUGUAUCUGCAAAGAUACUCGGAUCACGAGAAUUCUUGCGCUACUACAAGCAAAAACCACGUCCUGCUCCUGCAAAUGAUAUGGCUAUUACCAUGGCGCUAGCCGCAAGGUACAAGAGCAUGGGUCUGACAACUGUGCAAUCGAAGGAGCGAACUAUAAGAAUGAAGGUGUUGAAACAGAUAAACAGAUCUUUAAGCAAAUCUGGGGUGGAUGCUAUGCGGACUAAGAUGUGCAUGAAGAGCAACAAACUUCGUAAUCUUCCAAACAAUGUUCCAUAUUAGUCUUUGUUUGUUGAAGACAUACUUUUGUAGCAUUUUGUUAAAAGAUGCUCUAUAUUUUUACAUCCUGAUUAUGAAUUCAGUGAUUUCGCAAGUCCCUUUGAUGUGUAAUUUUUCGACUUCUAUAGCGGUGGAUUUAUUUAUAAGAACUACUUAAUACGAGUACAGAGUACUUAGAUGUCA